CCUCCGAUUUCAUUCCUGUAAACAUUGUGUUUGGAUUUAAGAAAGUAAUUGCUUUUUUCUGAGAUCUACUAAAGUAAGAUUUAUAUAAAAUAUUUGAUUAAUAAAAUUGUUCUUUUCUAAAAACAAUUUUAAAUAAACAUAAAUAAUAUAUAAAUAAUGUGUGAUUUUCACGGAUAUCUAUGCAGUAUGGACAUGGUAGUCCUGGUUGGACAAUCAAUAAUUUGUUAAAUAAUUGUAACAAUCUUGAUGUUUUACCAUGGAACAAAUAGAUGAAAUACAGAGUGAUAUUAAUAAAACAGAAUUAUCAUUAACAGUAGAUAUACCUUCUUCAUUAGUAUCAAAAUCAAAUAUUGAUCAUGUACACAAUGAAGAGAAUAUUCCUGAAAAUCAAGAAAAUUUGCAAGAAUGUACGAAUAAUAUAAUUCAAAAUGUUUUGUCAAGAAAUGAAUAUGAUAUAAUAGAUUCAAGUAAAGAAAUUGAAAAUAAAAAAAGUAAAAUAACAGAAAACAUAAAGAAUGUUAUAAUUAAUGAAGAAAAACAAGAAAUAAUAAAUGACAUACAAAUUGAUAAUAAUCAAUAUAUAAAAAAUGAAGAAUAUAAAGAAAAUCAAACAGAAAAAAAUGAAAGUAAUUUAAAAUGUGUAGAAGACAAAUCUUUGAAUAAGGAAAAUACAAACAAUGUUGAAGUAUUCAAGAAUGAAGAUGAACAAAAUUAUGAAAAACACAAUGUUUGUACAGUUUUAAACAUAGAUACAGUUGAUGAUAGUAAUGUUCAAUGUCAAGCAUUAAUUAAAACACUUAGUGAGACAUUUGAUAAUAAUAAAGAUCAAACUUUGCAUGUCACAAAUACAGAUGCAGAUUUGUCCAAAUUAGUUGAUGGUAAUUCAGAAGUGAUGGUAGUAACUGUAGAAAGUACAGAAGAAAAUAUUGUUUUAACUGUACAUAAAAAGGAUGAUACCAUAAAUUCCGAUGAAAAUGAUGUUUCUAGGGAACAAAAAGAAAUAAAGAAAACUGAAAUUGUAAAUGAAGAAUUUAAUUUAAUAGAUUAUACUCAAGAAAGUGAUGGAACUAUUAUUGAAGUCAUUUCAACAGAAAUUGUAGAUUCAGAAAUUUCUGAAGCUUGUGUUCAACAAGAUAAUAAAGAAGUUUCAAAUCAUAUUGCUUUAGAAAAAAAUUCUAUAAAUUCUACUACUUCAGAAGUAAUUAAUAAUUCAGAAACUGUAGAUAUUAACUUUGAAACAGAAAAAAUAAAGGAAGAGAAUAAAAAUGUUGGAAAAAAAUAUGAUGAUCAAGUAAAAACAAAUAGCAAUGGCAAGACUGAAUAUUAUGAUAGUUUACAUAAAAUUAAUGUAGAAGAAGAAGUUAUUCAUAAUGAAGUCAUUUCAUCUACACAUGUUAGUAAUAUAGAAGAAGAAAGUAUAUCUACAAAUGAAACAAAUAAAAUAGAUACAACUAGAAAGAAAAGAAGUGUAAUUCAAGAUAUUUUUGAUGAUUGGGGUGAUGAAAAUGCAGAAGAUGAUCAUCAAUUAGUAUCUAAAACACCAGAUACUGUGGAAAUUGAAUUAAAAAGUUUAUUAAAUGAGACAAAAACACAAGCAAUAGAAGAAAACACAGUUGUAGUAGUUGAAGAAGAAAUAACAUGCAUUGAAAAAAAACCAGAUACAAAUGUUGAGAAAGCUAUAGAAAUUAUUAAAGAAAAUGAGGAAAUACAAAUAUCAGAAAAACAAUCAGAUAAAAAUCAAGUUAUAAAAAAAGAACAAGAUAAUAUAAAAUUAUCACUUAAAGAUCAAGUAAAUUAUUUUGUACCACAAGCUGUGGGAAUGUCUGUAAAAAAUACAACACACGAAACAGUUGUACUUAAUCAAACUUCAUCAUCACAGACACAAAUUACGCCUAUUAAUCGUGGUCGUAGUUUAACCAAUCAAAUAGCUUCAUCAGCUGAAAUAACAGAAGCGUUAAAAGAACGACUUCGUGAGAAACAAAAAAUAGUAGAAGCACCACCGCGACCUGAUAUAUUUUUUGUUAAGAAAUUAACACAGAGAUUGUCAAGCAAAUUAGUAGGUAGUCCAGGAAGUUCUUUACCAGCACUUAUACCAUUACCUCAACCUAAUGUUCAAUCACUUAUUCAUUGUGAUAAAAAUUUAUCAGAUAAUACAGAAACUAAUAAAGAAAGCAAUUCUGAUAAUAAAGAGUUGUUAGAAAUAUUGGAAGGUGAUGUUGAUCCUGAUUGGUCUAAUUUGAAACCACCAAUUUUAACAGAGGAAGGAAAACGUCCAGUAAAAAUUGAACAAAGUGGUUAUAAUACUCCACCAAAACUUGAUCCCUUAGUUGAAAGAGAACUAGCAUUAAAACAACUUUUAGAAUUACCUGUUACACCAAUCAAAAGAAAUACACAGAAAAUUUCUAAAAAGAAAACAAUGAAAUCUACAUCUAAUAAAAAUUCUAAAGAAAUAAAAAAAAAAAAUGAACAUAACACAGAAAGAAAAUUUAUUAAUAUUGAUUUAAUAAAUGAAAAUAAUUUUAUAAAAGAUACAAAAUCUAAUCUUUCUACAUCUUCUUUGAUUAUUGACUCCCAUAUUUCAGAAAAAAAAACAGAUGUUCAAGAUGUACGAAUAGAUGAAUCAAGAUCAGGUAGAAAACGAAAACUUACAGAAAAAGCUAGAGAACAUGAACAACAACAGAAUAUUGUAAAACGUCAAAAAGUAUAUAAAGGUAAAGUUUCAUUGAAUAAAAAGCAAUCGCAAGAAAAUGAACCACAAGUCCCAGUUGAUACUAAUUUAUCAACUGAAGAUCAUGUAUCUAAAGAAACUACGUUACUUGUUAAUGAUGAAGUUCAUGUCACAAUAACAGAUGAAGUAAUGAAUAAACAAAUCACAAAUAAUAAUAAAGUUGGUCCAUCAUUAAAUAAACUUGAUAAUAUAUCUUUAAAGCCUUCAAGACAAAAUCUGAACAAAAAGGGAUCACAACCUAUUGCUAAACGAAAUAUAGUAGUAAAAAAGAUAUUAAAACAAAACAUACCUUCCAAUAAAAAAACUCCUGCUUUAAAAGCUAAAUUAAAUACAUCAAAGAAAUCAGGACCAAAAUCAAAACGAUCUACAGAAAAUAAUGGAGAUUCUAAACCAAAAAAGAAAAUUAUUAAUGAAAUAGAUAGAUUGCUUCAAGAUGAAGGUGUUGUUAAUUUAUUAUAUGAUGUAGAACAACCAGAUAAAAAACGAUUAAUUCCCAUUACUAAAUCUCAAGCAAAAGUCAUGGAUAUACAGAAAGUACAGCGUGAACUUAAACUUAGAAAAAAAUUGGUACGUAAUGCUGUUUUGAGAUUACGUACUUCGACAGGAAGCGUAUCAAAAGUUUCUCCAAGAUCCAAAAGAGCUUCUAUAUAUUUAAAUGAUAUGCAGAUAGAUAAGAAAAUUGGAGAUCAAGUAGUAUCAACGAAACAAAUAAAUUUAACAUCUCAAGAAUUUAUCUUACCUGCAAAGAUAAGAAAUGCAGCAGAUGCAUCUAUUAUAAUUAGGAGACAUUCAUCUAGUUCAUUUUCCAGUGCAUCUGGAAGUCCUAGAGUUAGUAUUGAUAGUUCAGAAAAAAAUGAAGGAAUCAAAGUUGAUGAAACCUCUCAUUCUUUGAGAUCUACAAAAAGACGACAUUCACAAGAUGAAAAAAUAAAUCUAAAAAAAAAUAAAAAAAAAACUAUACAAAAAAAUGAUACAGGAAUAGAUUUUGUUGACACUGAAGAGGAUAAAAUAUUUCUUCCUGGACGUCUUAAAAAAUUAGAUUCAAAAAAAACUGAUAAAAAUUCAAAACCACAAGAAAUAGAUGAAACUAAUAAUGGUUUAGGAAAAGUUAUUACACGAUCAAAUGGUACAGCUACAUGUAAAGUAACAUCAAAGACAAAAAAAACUGCAAAAAGUAAAGUUACAUUUGCCAAAGCAAAUGAACCAGAUGAUAAUGAAGAAUUUUCCAAAGAAGAAGAUGAACUUUCAGCCUGUCUUGCAGAAGCUGCAAAUGCUCUAUCAGUAGUAAAUGCUGGAAGUCGAUCUGCAAAUUCAACAACAAAUCGCAAAAAUAAAGUAAAUGUAAAUAUUACUAAAAUGCAAGAAAUGGAUAAUAACAAAAUAAAAAUAGAAACUCGAAGUCAAUUUAGUAAUAAAGAAAUAAAUGUACGUCGACACGGAAAUCUUGUUCAAUUAAUACUUACACCAUCAUCUUCAACAAAAAUAAGAAAUGCUCUUACUAUACAGGUGAUGCAAGAAUUUCGCGAAAUAUUAUCUAUUCUAAAAAAAGAUGAUGAUUGCAGAGUUGUUUUAUUAACAUCUACAGGUAGUAGUUUUUGCGAAGGUCUUGAAUUAUCUAUGUUGUUACAUACAAAUAAAGAAGAACGACGGAUUCAUGCCCAAGAAAUGGCGGAUGCUGUUAAAGAUUUUAUUAAAAGCUUAGCAUCAUUUAACAAACCUAUCGUUGCUGGAGUUCAAGGAGCUGCAGUUGGACUGGGGGUAACAAUGUUGCCUUUAUUUGAUCUUGUGAUAGCUAGUGAUAAAGCCACAUUCAGUACACCUUAUGGUAAAUUAGGACAAAUUGCUGAAGGUGCUGCUGUAUUUACUUUAUUACAUAUAUUAGGAAGUGCAAUUGCAAGUGAAUUAUUAUUAGGUGGAAGAACUCUAACAGCUAGUGAGGCAUUAAGAGCUGGUCUUGUUACUCGAGUUUUGUGGCCUGAUAAAUUUCAAGUUGAAUUAUUACCAACUUUAAAAGCUAUGAGUGAACAAUCCUCACAGUCUAUGGAAGCUACAAAAGCAUUAUUACGUCACAGUUUGCGAAAAAAAUUGGACGCGGCAUUAGAAUCAGAAACAUAUUUGCUAAUUCAGCAUUGGUGUUCUGUAGAAUGUCAAACUGCCAUGAAGGCAUACAUUGAUGGAAAAGUCCAAUAAAUAUUGAAAUGAUGCCCAAUGAUUUUGAAUGGAAGUACUAACGUCAUAUUCCAACACACCUAGUAUUAUAAAUUGGAUUCGAAGAUUAGUAACAAGAUAAUUAGUUUGGAAAACAUUAACGUGAAAAAAGAAGUCACAGCUGGUGUAUCAUUUAACAUCAAUCACGCACGAUUAUUUUAAAAAUAUAAAAUCAAUUAUUCAAAUGGAACUAUUUUAAUAUUAAAUGAUUUAGAUUUAUAAAUUUACAUACGCGAUUACAUACAGAAUGAGAUAUUUCGUAUUAUCGUUUUGAAUAAUUUUUAAAUUAUGCUUUAUAUUAAAAAAUAUUUAAUUUGUUAGAAAAUCAAAUAUAAGAAGAAGAAAAGAAAAUAUAAAAGAU